GGUGCGCUGUGUCCCUCAGGACACAGCGGAUCACCGAUCACGGAAAGAGCCGAAGAUGUCGGCUCGGUCAUGUGAUCAGCUAUGUCCAAUCACAGCUGAUCACAUCAGUGCCACCUGUCAAUGUCCAUCAGUGCCUUAUGUCAGUGCUCAUCAGUGCCUCGUGCCAGUGCCCAUCAGUGCCACAUAUCAGUGCCUACCAGUGCACAUCAAUGCCACAUAUCAGUGCCCAUCUGAGCUGCCUUUCAGUGUCACCCAUCAGUGCCAGUCAGUGCCACCUAUCAAUGCCAAUCAGUGCCACCUAUCAGUGCUGCCAAUCAGUGCCACCUAUCAGUGCCAGUCAGUGCCGCCUAUCAGUGCCAGUCAGUGCUGCCUAUCAGUGCCAUCUAACAGUGCCAGUCAGUGCCGCCUAAAAGUGCCAGUCAGUGCCACCUAUCAGUGC